GCGGCACGCCGGGGACGGGCACACCGGGGGCGGAAGCUGUCAGCUGAACCCCGAGCAAGUGGCGGCGCUCAUGACGAAGAGUCUGGAAGGGGUUUGCAGCCAGAAGGAGACGAACGACCAGUUCCACAACCUGGGCACCCAGCUCGGCGACCAGCUGAACGUGCUCAAGACCAUGAUCCUCAACCUGGAGGACAAGGUGGGCGCCAUGGACAUCGGCAUCGAGCGCGCGGAGAGGCGGCUGCUGGCCGCCGUCGCCAAGUCCCGGUGCACGCGCGGCGGACCCGAGUCCGAGGAUGAUCUCGCAGCCGACGCCGAGGACGACGCCCUGCCUCCCGGCGGUGCGGAUGAGGACGACGACGACGUCGGGGACUACGGCGACAACCCCGCCCUGGUCACCACCUACCGCGACGGCGCGCAGGGGCCCGGGGGCCGGGAGGAGGAGGUGCAGCGCUACAACAACACGGUGCACACGGAGCACGCCCCGGAGGGCCUCCACCCGCACGGCUCGGCCAUGGGCAACACGGUGGCGGGCUGCGGCCACGGCCAGCGCGUCUACACGUACUUCUGGCGGGUGCGCAACAUGGACUACAAGAUGACCGGCUGGAACCACCGCCGCUCCCUGCGCAGCCCCAGCUUCUACGUCUGGCCCGGAGGGUACCGCAUGUACCUGCGCAUGUACCCGCGGCAGUCGGGCGAGAACGUGUACUUCCACGUGGGGCUGACGCGCGGCGAGCACGACGCGUCGCUGCAGUGGCCCUUCAGGCUCAAGCACCGCCUCGCCGUGCUGGACCAGGUGGCCUCCAUGACGUCCACGGGCCCCGGCUCCGGCCCCGUGGACCUGGUGUCGCGCCUCUGGGACCCGGCGCAGCUCUGCUCGGGCUACAACUGGCAGCGGCCCAGCGCGCACACGCCGGACAACUACGAGUGCGUGGGGCUGGGCUUCCCGCAGUCCCUGCUGCGCACCCGCAGCUACAUCCGCCAGGACUCGGCCCUCGUCAAGCUCACCGUGUGCCUGAGCGCGGACGACGCCGGCCCCGCCGCCUGAGCGGUACGACUGGGACGUGGCACAGUGGGCCAGAAGGCCGGCGCAGGCGAUCAAAACUCUAGAGGCGUUUUGAGCUCCAGAGUCUCUAGCCAAGACUUGAGCCGACCAUGUGACUCCACCAAUAGAUACCGCGUGCGGAGAGCAAUCCAUUGGUGGGGUCACACUUUCUGUAAGAGUCCCAUUUUAGCGGCUCUGAAGCUCAAAACCCUCAAAACGCGUCCGGAAUUUUGACCGCCUCCACCGGUGUUCUGGCCCACUGUCCUGGUGGUGAUGUCAGAAGGGCGUCAAACUGACCGCUGCGGGAGGAUAAGCAAAGAGGGAGUUAGGCUGUUUACCAAUUAGUUGUGCUAAAAGAAGCAAAGGCCCGAGACAGUGACUUGCCGAACGGGCCAAUGCUUUGUUGCACACGGCACUGAGUGCCACAUAAUGUACCUUGAUGCAUUUACUUUUUACAUUGUAUGCUGCAAGCAACGAUUUUACUUAACAAAACUGCUGUCAUGA